ACCCGGGCCCGGGCCUCGAGCGCCCGGCGCGCCCUCGGACGUGUGGACAAGAAGGGGCUUUCCGGGAAACAGAAUAAUUUCGAGCGCAAAGCUGUGUAUCAGAGGCAAGUGAGGGCACCCAGUUUGCUGGCCAAAAGUAUUUUAGAAGGCUACCGCCCCAUUCCAGCAGAGACUUAUGUGGGAGGGAGCUUACCUCUACCUCCCCCAGUAAGUGAUCGGAUGAGGAAGAGGCGGGCCUUUGCUGAUAAAGAGUUGGAGAACAUUAUGCUGGAGAGAGAAUAUAAAGAGAGGGAGAUGUUGGAAGCUUCCCAAGCUGCUGCCUUGUUCCUGCCCAACCGCAUGGUGCAUGGACCUGAAUACAACUCCUACAAAAGUGCCUACAGCCCCACCCCAGUGGAACAGCCAAGCAAAGACUUCUGUAAUUUUUUGCCCACCUGCCUUGAUCUAACCAUGCAGUAUUCAGGGUCUGGGAAUAUGGAACUAAUUUCUUCUAAUGUCAGUGUGGCCACGACUUACAGACAGUAUCCCUUGUCCUCAAGAUUUUUAGUUUGGCCCAAGUGCGGCCCCAUUAGUGACACUCUCCUCUACCAGCAGUGCCUGCUAAACACCACCACCUCAGUUCAAGCCCUGAAACCUGGGGCCAGCUGGGACUUGAAGGGAGUACAAGUCCAGGAUGGACUCGCUGCAGAACAUGACAUGAUGCCACCCAAAUUGGAAGGCUCUCUGGUGCUGCCUCACACUCCUGAGGUCCAGACCUCAAGAAGUGACCUUCAGGGUCACCAGGCUGUCCCUGAAAGGUCUGCAUUCUCCCCACCCCGACGGAAUUUCUCUCCAGUUGUUGACACGGACUCCGUGGCAGCUCAAGGGCACAUCUUAACCAAGAUCAGCAAAGAAAGCACGAGGCACCCUCUGCCACUUAAACAUAAUCCAUUCCACUCAUUAUUCCAGCAAACUCUUAAUGACAAAUCAGGUCCUGAGUUGAAAACACCAUUUGUCAAAGAGGCCUUUGAAGAGGCCCCUAAGAAACACAGAGAGUGUUUAGUCAAGGAGAACCAGAAGUACACAUUUACAAUAGAUAGAUGCGCAAAAGACCUUUUUGUAGCCAAACAAGUUGGAACAAAACUCUCGGUGAAUGAACCGCUGUCAUUUUCUGUUGAGUCUAUUCUCAAGAGGCCUUCAUCUGCCAUCACUCACCUCUCUCAGUGAAAGCCUGCUGAAAUGGAAAGCUGGAUUUCCUGCAGUCUCAGAGGGUUCUUACCAGUUGCUAAUUUUUUUUGAAAGGAAAAAGUUAAGAUGUUUGUAUAAAGAAAUUUCUAAUGUAAAUGAUGGCGAUUAAAAGAUUUAUAUUCAUAUGCAUGUACUUCUCACCACAUAUUUAAACUUAAAGAUGGAAUUGCUUAUGUGCAAAUUGUAAAGUUCCACACUUUACACAUUAUUUCAAAAAGCAAUAAAAUUGACACUCUUGUAAAAGA